UUUUUUUUUUAUUUAUAAUAAAUAAGAACACAAUAAUGAAAUAAUCGCAGAUACAGAAUGUUCGUUAUUUACGUUGUUCUGACGCUGGCUCUAGUGGAAGUGAACGGAUAUGGUGUACGGGAAAUGUCCAUGGUGGACGUCCGAUUCGCAGAGAUAAACCAGGAGUUGUCAGAGCCUAUAGAUUCGCUCUUUGAGAACUUCAAACACGAAUAUGGCAAGCAGUACGCUAACGCUUCCGAGGAGUCACAGCGACGUACGAUAUUCGCAGGUAAUGUUGAAUACGUCAACGCCCACAACGACCUGUACCUGUCUGGAAAGACGUCAUAUUACAUGGGCGUCAACCAGUUCUCUGAUAUGACAUAUGAAGAAUGGAAGUCAAUUUUCACAAGUCAGCAAAUUGAUGACGCCACAACCAGAAAUGACUCUAUCUACCUGACGCCGGAUAAUUUUGAGGCCCCUCCCAGUGUUAACUGGGUGACAAAAGGAUAUGUUACACCAGUGAAGAACCAGGGAAGCUGUGGAUCAUGCUGGGCGUUCAGUGCGACUGGUGCCAUUGAAGGCCAACACUUCCGCAAGUAUCAUAGACUGGUUUCUCUGAGCGAGCAACAGCUGCUGGAUUGUUCUGGUUACGGUUGUCAAGGAGGGUGGCCAAACAAGGCAAUGUUUUACGUCAGGUCCGCCGGAGGGAUUGAGGCGAAGCAAGCGUACCCUUAUAGGGCACAAUCGGGGCCAUGUCUCUUCAACAAAUCCAUGGCGGUUGCCCACGUACAUGGGGUGCUGCGGGUCAUGGGUAAUGAGCGGGACCUGAUGGAUGCUGUGGCCUCCAAGGGGCCAAUUUCCGUCUGCAUCGCUGUAAACGAGAAGUUCAGGCAUUACAGGGGCGGUAUUUUCUACGACACCUCGUGCAGCACGGCAAGGGAUGGACACGCGGCGUUGGUCGUAGGGUACGGCUCGAAGCCAAGGGAAUACUGGCUCGUGAAAAACUCAUGGGGAACCCGCUGGGGCGAACAUGGGUACAUCCGGAUGGCCCGCAACAAGGGAAACAUGUGCCGAAUCGCUAGUGACGCCGUAUUUCCCACGAUGUAGACUCUCAAUUAAAGUGAAACCCUACGGCCAUCUCCGGUGAAGCUCAGACGUCAGACUGUUUUCAGAAAUGAUUUAAGGAAAAUAGCCAAAAUGUUACCAUUGCCCUUUAAGCGUUGCUUUUCAUGUAGAGUAUAAUGUCAUCGUUUUUUAUAUAGAAAAAACUUUAUUUAAUUAUACAUUAAUGAUAUCAAUGUUCGUGUUUUAGUUCAAAUUUAAUUUCAUUUAUAUUUUUGGCAUCAGGAUAAAUGAAAAAUUACAAUAAG